AUGGCCUGCCCAAUUGAAGUUCAACAGGCAUUCAUCCUUUCUUCCCUUGUGACCUUCUUAAGUGGACUGGUCAUUUUAUUCAUUGGCAGACUAGUGAGGAUUAUCUCAACAAAAUGUCAUUUCUUCAAGGGUUUGUCAAUAUCAGAUAGGAUAAAAAUGAAGCAUUUAAAGAUGAGCCAGUUUUAUGGAAUCUUUCGCAAGCGUAUCGACAUGCUACUCUCAGCACAGACUUUUGUGGGUCGUGUACUGAUGAUCCUUGUCUUCCUACUGAGCAUUGGGUCCCUUGUAAUCUAUUUCAUCAACUCUGCAGAUCCUGUUGGAAGCUGCUCAGGACUUGAAGACAAAACUCUUCCUAUUGAUUUGCUCUUCAAUGCUUUCUUUGCCUUUUAUUUUGGAUUGCGGUUUGUGGCUGCUGAUAACAAAAUCAAGUUUUGGUUCGAGAUGAACUCUUUGGUAGAUAUGUUUACCAUUCCACCAACUUUUGUUUCUUAUUAUCUGAACAUUAACUGGCUAGGUUUGAGGUUCCUGAGAUCAUUACGGUUACUAGAACUCCCUCAAAUAUUACAAUAUUUACGAGCCAUCAGGACUAGUAGUUCAGUAAAGUUUUCCCAACUCUUAUCUAUAGUUGUGAGCACUUGGUUUACGGCUGCAGGAUUCCUUCACCUUGUGGAAAACUCAGGUGAUCCCUGGCUCAAAGGUAGAAAUUCCCAGAUAAUGUCUUAUUUUGAAGCCUUUUAUCUUGUCAUUGCAACAACAUCAACUGUCGGAUUUGGAGACGUUGUAGCUAAAACAGCCCUGGGACGGACCUUCAUCAUUUGCUUCAUCAUUAUGAGUUUGAUAUUAUUUGCAAAUUAUGCUCCUGAACUUAUGGAAACCUUUGCAAAAGGCAAAAAAUAUUCCCAUUCCUAUGAAGUGGUCAGAGGGAGAAAAUUCAUUGUAGUUUGUGGAAAUAUCACUGUGGAGAGUGUAACUGCUUUCCUGAGAAAUUUCCUUCAGCCCAAAGCAGGGGAAAUGAAUAUUGAGAUCAUUUUCCUGGGAGAAACCCUUCCUUCCCUGGAGCUGGAGACAAUUUUCAAGCUGUACUUGGCUUAUACUAGUUUCUUCUAUGGAUCUGCAUUGAAAAUGGAAGAUUUAAAGAGAGUUGCGGUGGAAUAUGCAGAAGCCUGCCUGAUUUUAGCCAAUCCUAUGUGUGCUGAUUCAUACAUUGAAGAUACUUCUAACAUCAUGAGGGUACUCUCUAUCAAGAACUAUUACCCUAAGGCCAGAGUCAUCAUACAGAUACUUCAAUCCCAUAACAAGUAUUACCUGCCAAAGAUUCCCAACUGGGACUGGUAUUCUGGGGACAAUGUCAUCUGCUUUGCUGAACUGAACCUAGGAUUCAUUGCUCAAGGCUGUUUGGUUCCAGGCUUAGCUACUUUCCUAACUUCCCUGUUUGUGGAACAGACCAAAAAGAUCAUCCCCAAACAAGCCUGGCAAAAAUAUUUCCUGGAUGGCCUGAACAAUAACAUUGUGACUCAUGUCCUCUCCAAUGACUUUGAGGGAAUGACUUUCCCUGAAGUUUCUCGGCUCUGCUUUGUGAAGCUUCAUGUCAUGCUAAUAGCCAUUGAAUAUAAGGCAAAUGCAAGUGGAAUCAGAAGCUUAAUGUUGAAUCCACCUGCACUGAUUAAGGUAAACAGGAACACAACAGGAUUUUUUAUUGCCAAAUCUGUAGAGGAAGUCAGAAGAGCCUAUUUUUACUGUAUCAACUGUCAUAGUGAUGUGAAUUCCCCAGAGCUCAUUGGUCGCUGUGGCUGUGGAAUCAAGAAAGGCCGGCAAAUUAAUGCAAGCACACCUGUCCUUAAUUUGAGAAAUUUUCCCAAGACAAGGAACAGAGAAAUAGAAGAAUAUGAAUCUCCAAAAAGGCUGUCUAGACAAUGUAGUACUUUGUCAAACUUCAUCUUCAGGAAAAUAGCCCCAAGGAAAGUUAUGGAUGAUUUGACAAAAGAGAUGCAAGUGAAAUUCCCUUCAUUCCAAGAAAGGGAUCUGUCGACGUUGGAGAGUGAUAUGAAAAACGACCUUUUUGAUAACAGUGGCAUGUUUCACUGGUGUAAAUCAGUCCCCCUGGAAAAUGUAAUUCUGAAACAUAUUGAACUUGAUGCUGUAAAAUUUCAGAAUCAUAUUGUUGUCUGUGUCUUUGGAGAUUCUCAAUCACCUCUGUUGGGCCUUCGGAAUUUUGUGAUGCCCUUAAGAACCAGUAACUAUACCUUCAAAGAACUGAAGGACAUUGUGUUCAUUGGGGCUUUGGAUUACCUGCAAAGAGAAUGGAGAUUCCUAAGACAUUUUCCCAAGCUGUACAUCCUCCCAGGAUCUGCUCUCUAUCCUGGAGACCUAAUUGCAGCCAACAUUCAAGAAUGUUCAAUGUGUGCGAUCCUGUCCAACCAAUCUAAGCUAUCAAGUGACCAAACUUUGGUCGAUGCUGAGUCUAUCCUGGCUACUCUCAAUAUUGGUUCUCUUAGAGUCUCUAGCAAUCAGUCAAACCACGACACAUCAGAAAGGUGUUCUAGACAUACCUCAUAUUCUACAUUUCAAGAAAAAUUUAGACGGAUUCCCAUCAUAACUGAACUGAAAAAUCCUUCCAACAUUCAUUUUAUUGAGCAACUCAGUGGAAUGCAUGGUGGUCUCCUAGGACCAAGCUUGCACCUGAGUACCUCUUUCUCUACCGGUGCUGUUUUUUCGGAUAGUUUUUUAGAUUCCCUGUUGGCCACGGCUUUCUACAACUACCGUGUCCUAGAAUUACUCCAAAUGCUAGUGACAGGAGGACUGAGUUAUGAAAUGGAGCCAAAUGAUGAAAAGUACAGUGAUAGCUUUCAUGAUAGCAUUUAUUCACUUUUGAUUGGAAGAGGACGGUGUAAGCUGGCUCUUCUCUCCUUGAACCAAACAAUGUUAUUGGAACUUCCUGCAAGGGAUACUUUUGGAGAGGUCUUCUGUGGGUCAUUGGACAAUUUUGGUAUCCUGUGCCUUGGCAUAUAUCGCCUGAUAGAUGAGGAAAUCCAAAAUCCACUACAAAGAAGGGGAGUAUACUAGUUUGUGAUCACUCGGCCAGACAAUGAUUUUAAACUACAGCCUACAGAUUUACUGUUUUGUGCCAUCCCAUUCAACAUUGCUCAUUAUAGUGAAUCAUGUACAGUUAUUAGGUCAGUUUCAGAAUCUAAAUCAAAAAUAUUUAGUUAUAACAUAAGAGGAUCUGAGGUUUUACAUGGAAAGAGAAUAGAAGAUGAAGAAAAAGAACAAGAAGAAGAGAUGAUAGAAGAGGGAGAAAGAAGAGGAAGGAGACCUCCAAAAAGAGGAAUAGCGUUAGAAACAGGGGAUUUAGAAGAAGAUGAGGAAGCACAAGCACAAGCUGCAGCCUCUUUCAAUAGGCAUUCAAUCGUUCGGAUUUCAAUGCUCUGUAAAUCAUUAUUCUUGGCUAUGGAGGCAGAAGCCAAGAAGACAUUACCCACUCGACCUGAAACUAAGAAGCAACAAACCAAGAGAGAGACGGUUAUUCAUAAAUCACAUAGUUUAGGUGAUUAGUAGCAAUAGGCCAUUGGAAAUGCCAAUUGAAUUGCAACAAAAUGUCAGGAAAACUGCACCAA